CUACCGCGAGUCGCUAUUACUUAUUGCACUCAAUGUCGAUGGAUGCUAAGGGCUGGAUACUUUGCCCAAGAGCUGCUCUCCACAUUUGGUACCAGCAUCGGCGAGAUCGCGUUGAUUCCGGCCACGGGUGGCAUCUUCACAGUAUACCUCACACACCAGUCUGAGGCCGCAAGUGAAGUACAGCAGAUACUGCUGUGGGAUCGGAAGGCUGAGGGUGGCUUCCCGGAGACGAAGAUACUGAAACAGAGGCUAAGAAAUCAUAUUGAGCCUGAUAAGAAGCUCGGACAUUCGGACACGCCGUCCUCGAAG